AUGGCGCCCGCACUCAACCUACCCGCGCCUGCGCAUGGCACCGACAACACUCUCGCUUCCACCUCGAGCUCGAGCUCCAGGUUCGCCUCGACGGGCGGCAUCAUCUACCCGCCACCCGAACUGCGCAGGACGAUCGAUAAGGCUGCAGAGCUCAUCGCGAAAAAGGAUCCGGCGUUCGAGGUGACCAUCAAGGCCACGGAACAGAACAAUCCCAAGUUUGCCUAUCUCAAAGAGGAUGAUGUGUACCACGCCUACUAUGCUUCUCGGCGAGAUGCUGUGCGACGCGGAGAAACGCUUGCGCCCGCUUCCGCUGACGAUACAGCAUCCAGUGGUACUGCACAAGGAGAAAUGCAGGACAACGCAGUAGCAGGCCCUUCGACGCAGGCGCCCCCAGAGCCGCAACCAUUCGAGUUCUCCGCCGACCUGCCCAACAUCACCGCUGUCGACCUCGACAUUCUCAAGCUCACCGCGCUCUUCACCGCACGCAAGGGUCGUUCGUUCGCGACCUCCCUGCUCUCGCGCGAAUCCAAGUCGUAUCAGUUCGAAUUCCUUCGACCCUCUCACUCGCUUUUCCCUUACUUCAACCAUCUCGUUGAGCAGUAUCAGAAGGUCAUCUCGCCCACCGCUGCCCUGCUGGAUACCGUCAAACUCGGCGCAUACGGCACGACGGACACCACUGCCAUCUCCUCGCAGCGCACGCGAUCCACGCUCGGCACCGGCAAAGGUGGCGCCCGCCCACUUCUCCUGGAACAAGCCAAAUCCCGCGCCGAAUGGGAAAAGUACACGCGCGAACGCCGCAAGAAACAGGACGAGGACCAAGAAAAGCAACGGCAGGCCUUCGACGAAAUCGAUUGGCAGGACUUUGUCGUUGUCGGCAGCGUCGAGCUCACCGAGGCGGAUGGGCAUCUCGAUCUUCCCCCACCCCGAUCGUUGCGCGAGAUGGAGAGUAUGACGCUGGCGCAGAAGAAGAUGGCGAGUAUGAUCAUGGUGACGGACGACGGAGAGGAAGUGGAAGAGCUGGUGAUGCCGAGAUCUUCACUCAGUGGGGUGGCGACUGCACCGCCACCGCCAGCGGUCGAAGAGGUCGUCGGCAAGGGAGGGACGAUCAAGGUGCGUCGCGACUACGUACCGCGUGGCCUCGCGUCGCGCACCGCACCCACCACCACCAAGUGUCCCGUGUGUGGGGAGAUGGUGGGUGUAGACGAGAUGGCCGAGCACGUCCGGUUCGAAUUGCUCAACCCAGCCUAUCGCGAGCAGCGUCAGCAGUUGGAGGCGAAAAAGGCAAACCAGUCCGCGCUCCAGGCGGGAGCAGAUCCCACGUUCUACCUCAAACAGCUCGCCUCCGGUCGAGCAGAUGAAGACGAGGACGCCAGGCUGAAGCGCGAGGCGGAGGAAAAGAGACUGGCGAGGGAGAAGGAGAAGAUCAUCUGGGACGGUCACGCAAAGUCACGGCAGGCGGCAAGGGAGUUGAUUGCGAAGAACAAGGGGUUGGAGGAGGAGAUGCAUAGGGUUUCGGGGAGACCUGUGGUGAAGUUGGCGGAGUUUGGACCGCAAUUCCCGGGGAUGGACGGCGAUGUGGGUCAAGGAGUUGAUGAGGAGGAAGGUGAUGAUAGGCCGAUCCAGCUGCCAGCAGGGAGCACGUUGCCUGCUCGACCGGUCACGAACUCACCACCACCACAGGGCGUCAAACGUCCAGCAUCAACCGAGCUGUCGCCACCUCCAGCCCCCCCGGCACCGCAGCCCUCCACCGCCCUCGCCAAGAAGACAGACGGCUCGCUACACCCCGAAAAAGCCUGGAUUGAAGCACACUCCCGACCCGCGAUCACACUCACUCUCGUUCUACCAAAUGACGAAGGGGGCGAAAGGGAAGAGCCGUACGAAGCGGCGAUCAAGUCAACGAUUGCUACCAUGCGUGACUACGUACAUCAGGAUCUGUUAGAUAGCCAGGUGGCGGCGAGCAAGAUCAAGAUCAAGGUCAACGGAAAAGCGACGACGCUGAAGCAGACGCUGGCGCAUUGGAACUUGACUGAUGGGGAUAUGGUGACCGUCGACGUUGUGAAGUAG